AUGGGAUUUAGCACCGUCAGAGAAAUAGUUAUUGAAGUUUGUGAUGCUAUAUGGACAAGAUUAGGACCCAUUGUAAUGCCUCAACCCACAGAAAGUUUUUGGAAAGGUGUCGCAGAAAGGUAUAAUACGUUAUGGAAUUUUCCCAAUUGCAUCGGGGCGAUCGACGGGAAGCAUAUUAAUAUUCAAUGCCCAAUUAAUGCCGGGUCUACUUUUUAUAAUUAUAAAGGUUGCCAUUCAAUAGUACUAUUAGCACUUGUUGACGCUGACUAUAAAUUUACAGCAAUUGAUGUAGGUUCUUAUGGGAGGAACAGCGAUGGUGGAAUUUUUUCAAAAUCAACUAUUGGACAAAUGUUGGAAAAUAAAACAUUGAAUGUGCCCGAAGACGUUCCUUUAGUUACGAAUGGAGUACCACAGCCAUACGUCAUUCUCGGUGAUGAAGCAUUACCUCUCAAACGAUAUUUACUUCGUCCCUAUAGUAGGUGCCAUUUAGGAGAAAAUGAACCAAACAAAAUUUUCAAUUACAGGCUAUCUAGAGGUAGAAGAGUGGUGGAAAAUGCGUUUGGAAUACUGUCAGCACGUUGGAGAUGUUUUCGAAAAUCAUUAGAGGUCCAACCAGAAUUGGCUGAAAAAAUCGUAUUAGCAGCCUGUUGUCUCCAUAAUAUGUUAUGUACAGAUAAUAUAGAUCCUGAUGUAGAUAUAUCACCAAAUGAAGAAUUGGGCAUGCACAAUAUAAGUGGUAUAAGAAGAAAUUGUACGCGGGAAGCUUUUGACAUACGAGAAAAUUUUAAAAACUAUUUUAACUCCGCCGCUGGUAGUGUACCUUGGCAACUAAAUUAUGUUCGUAGGGGUCGGCUUCAAACUGAUAAUGACUAA